AUGUCUCUCAGUGAUACUUCUGUUGAAUCUACUCAUUCCCGCCGAUCCCAAGGAUCUGCCAACAUUCAAGGCUCAAUGUUAGAAAGAACAAGGAAAAUCCCCUCACAUUGGACGAUAGAUGAAGAAAGGGCCUUGAUUGAUUACCUCUCCAGUAACAAAUCUGGGGCUGGUGAUGGUCUAACCUUCAAAAUGACCACUUUUCAAGGAGCCGCUGAACAUAUCAAGAAGACCUUCACCCACCAGCAUGGCGGAGAAAAGACUGCUGAUUCCUGCAAGACGAAGUGGGGCAAUCUCAAGUCAGCUUAUGGUGUUGUUGUCAACAUCAAGAAGACAUCCGGCUUUUCAUGGAGUGAUGAACACGGUGCUGGAAUUACAGAUGAACAUGGAGAUACUUGGGACAGAUAUGCCAAGGGCCAUCCUGGUGCAGCACCGUACAAGACCAAAGGGUUCCCGCACUUCAGCACUCUUGACCAGAUGAUUCCCCAGGAGCUUAUCUCUGCCAAGGGAAAGUACACUACCCAUCAGCCAAAGGCCAGGACUCAGGCUGUUGCCGGUCCUUCCCCAUCAGAGUCAUCCUCUUCUGCAAUGGGGCCUCCUGGUGGGUACUGGCCCCUACUUCCCCAAUCAUCCACUCCCACUGCCACAUCUGGAAUGGAGCCUGCGCACCGGCAUGCCCUUCCCCCACCAUCUACUCCUACCAGUGUAGAGACUCAUGCCUCUCAUGGUGUGAUAUGGCGCGUUACACUAGGAGUACAUAGCACAAACUUGCAGCAUCACUCUGUGUGCUAUCCACAGGUAUUCCACUAUGAGGCGCAGCUUUCCCAUGCAAUGCGCGCCAUUCCCGCGCUUCAUGAUGUAUACGCGUGCACACGCGUUCCCGCGCUUGAGCACCCUAUAGUGCCAGCCAUCCAGAAGCAUCCAUCCACUGUCCACCAAGCCCUCUAG